AUGGCAUUUUCGUCGACUUCACACAGUGCAAGGAACGACUUGCUACUCAAUCAUUGGAGACAAUCCCUGAGUCCUAUCACUGUUGAUAUAGUUGGUGAUUUCGCUGGCAAGGAGCUAUUUUCUAUCCAUGGAGAGGCUCUCAUUGCACACUGCAUUUCCUCCGCGCGGGUGGAUUACGAAUACGGCUUUCAACUAUUACACGCCGUCCACGCUGUGGAGUCCAUCUUAGUCAAACUGAGGGAUCGCGGGUGCAACUUCCAUGUUGUCUGGUUCGACAGUGACAAGGAGCUGUGCAUCCCACCAGGAACGUCUCCUGACUUCGAGUAUAAGUAUUUGCUUACUAGAGUGGUCCUUAUUCAGCAUUUUGCUCGCCAAUCAACUCCCCCUUUCAGUCAUCGGUUUGAUUCCAUCACUUGUGACAGAUUCCAACAAUAUUUACUGGAAAACCCUCAAUGUUUCUUCAUGUGCUCCGAUGGUCGAGCAAGGAGCUCAAAUGACCACCCUCGUACCAUUGCUUGUUCGAGGAUUGGGUACUACAUGUGCUACUAUGGGUAUUGUGUAGCCUUCAUUGACGGAAUCACGUUCGGGAGUUCAAGAGUUUGUGUUGCUGUUGCAACUCCUCGAAGACUUUUGCCUCUUGAGCAUGAUCAACAUGAUGCGCAAAAUGAUAUUUCCUCCAGAAUUAUCUUGGACCAUCCGGAAAUCUAUGAGCGUAAGGAUCUGACCUCACGAGAUAUUGUUACUCUUCAUGCCCUCUCCGACAUUCUAAGUUCUGGAGUAUCUAACAAGAAGAGAAAGGGGGCUAUGCUGAUCCUUUUGCAACUUGUCUUACUCCGAAACAUUCCCAUCUCACAGCGCUCCUUCCAACAGGAAGGGGCUGGCUUGACGAAGCAGUACCACACUACCUUCAAGGAGUUCUGUCAAAUCGCCCUCGAAAUCAUCGAUAUAGGAACUAGCAAUGCCAUAGGAGUGGCUAAGUGGGAUCUAUAUGACUUAGUUGAUGGACGGCUCUACUUGGAAACAUGCAGGAUCUUUUUAGGCCCACGGCUGCCUGAAGACCUCAUAACAGAAAUUUCAGAACUAGCUAAGCUACUCACAGCUAUGAGUGGGGUUGAACUUUUGGAUUUGCUCCCAGGACAUCCCGCAGAUAGCGCGGCUGAAGCGCUUGGGCAGCCAGUGAAGCAGUCAACUGGUGAGAUGGACCAAGCCAUGUCGACAGUUCUGCCAUUCAGCCACCCCAUAGUUGAUCAAUACUUGCAACAUGUUCAGCUGGAUACCGAAGAGGAAAUCGAAAUUCCGUACUCUCAAAUCUUCCAGGACUUAACUCAUUGGCACAAUGCUAAGAGACCCAUCGAUCAUAAAAACGUUCCGAAACUAUCAUUCUGGGCGCGGGAAAGGGCGCGGAAAAGAAUACAAUUUCUGAUGGCAGAUACCCUCGUGUAUUCUGCUAGUUUGACUGGUGCAUUAGGUAAGAUUAUCGAUCGCCAGACUAUUGUCGUCACAGACAAGAAUGCCAGGCCCAGCAGAGGCCCCAAGAACAAUUCAGAGCCCCAACCAAGAAGCCCAGCGCCUGGAAAGUCUAGAAACCAAAAGACCAAUGUGAAACCUGGAAAGGGAAAGCAGAACGCGCAUCAAGCAGUGGAAGCCACUAUUCUCGAAAAGACCGAGAGAGAAUCUGUAGCCGCCAUCAAAUCAUGGAGGGAUCGACUGAAUGAGUUCGAGAAGACGCCAUCCUUAAUCAAGCGCGUCAUCAGUACGGAAAAUUAUCUGUCGAAGCUUUCGUCAGCACACAAACCUCAUGUCAAUGCAGAAAUAUCCCUAUAUAUCUGUCUAACCCUCCUACAUCUAUGCCGCCGCGCCAAGAGUCUGCCACAGGCAAGCCACCGUGAACCAUCACUUGGCCUUGCCAGUAGUGGUAUUGAAGCUUUACUCUGGUCGAAGGUUCUUGUAAUGAACGGUAUGAAUCUCACACGGGAGAUCCUAUCCCAACUACAUCCCCUGUCGAAUAGUUUGGGAAUUCCGUUGAACGUGGGUGUCGUAUCUACUUUACCUAGGCGGGCGCUGCCUCCUGCAAUGGCCAAUAUAGACUUUAAGUUGCCGCAAUCUUCGGGUGCCGUCUCUGAUCCGAUCAGAUUCCAGUUGAGCUUUUGUGGUCCUUACAUGGAGCGAAGUUUUGACUCAGCUCCAGAUAGUCGGGCCCGCUUCCACCCCGAUGCAUGGCAGAGAAAGGUUCUCGAUGCGAUUGAUGCGGACAAGAGCCUGUUCGUCGUCGCACCCACCUCCGCAGGAAAGACCUUUAUCUCGUUCUAUGCUAUGGAGAAGAUCCUGCUAGCGAAUGAUGACGACGUCAUUGUGUACGUGGCACCCACAAAGGCCUUGGUCAAUCAGAUUGCCGCUGAAGUCCAGGCUCGGUUCUCCAAAUCCUACAGCAAAGAAUCGCGGUGUGUCUGGUCCGUACACACUAGAGAUUACCGCAUAAACAGCCCACAAGGUUGCCAAAUAUUUAUUACUGUCCCUCAUAUCCUCCAGAUUAUGCUGUUGUCGCCCUCUAAUGCCAGAGACUCCAAGUCCUGGUCUAACAGAGUUAAGAGGAUCAUCUUCGAUGAGGUUCACUGUAUAGGUCAAGUAGAAGAUGGUAUAGUCUGGGAACAGCUCUUACUACUCGCGCCGUGCCCUAUAAUUGCCCUUUCAGCUACCGUGGGAAACCCCCAUGAGUUCAAGUCAUGGCUGGAGGGGGCGCAGAAGGUGAAGGGGUUUGAUCUUGAAAUGAUAAUUCACAACUCCCGCUAUUCUGAUCUCCGGAAAUAUAUUUUCCAUCCACCUUCGUCUUUUGAGUUCAAAGGCCUCACUCCUGUCGAGCGACUUCCCCUGUCAGGUCUAGAAUACGAUGUUGAUUCAUCUUCCAGAUUCUCCUUUGUACACCCUGUUGGGGCGUUGGUGGGAAGACAUCCCGACACCUUGAAUGAUGCAGCACUAGAACCGAGAGACUGUUUAACUCUGUGGGAGUGUAUGAAGAAAUUCGAGAAUGAUGUUUAUCAGGUCGACAAAUCCCUUGACCCCAAGACAUUUUUGGUAUCUCCUAUCAAGAAGCCUGACAUCGUUCGAUGGGAAGCCGCGCUUAAGAAGCAACUAGGGGCUUGGAUGGCCGACCCCAAGUCCCCCUUUGAUGCUGUCCGAGAAGAGUUGAGAAAUGGGCCGGAUACCGAUCAGUCCCAAGACCCACUGACUGCGACUGUGGGAGGGCAUAAGUCUUCUGCCCCAGUCGAAUCAAUCUUCGCUCUCGCUCUUGACCUUCGAUCUUGCGGGGCACUACCAGCUAUCUUCUUCAACUACGACCGCGAUGGAUGCGAAAAGCUCCUUACUCGCCUCCUAGUAACGUUGAAAAGGGCCGAACUCGAGUUCAAGGAAAGCCCUCAGUGGAAGAAAAAGCUUUCAGACUUUGAGAACUGGCAGCAGACACGGAGUAAGACGCAAGAUAGGAGUAAGAAGUUGCAGAAAGGUCUUCGAGCAAUGGAUGGCGAGCGCAUGAGCAAGCUUGACAUGAUGCGAGACACAGGCGAAAUGGAGAGAAGCCCGUGGGAAAGCUUUGAUCCUAAUGCUCCUUUGUCGAAAUUCAGCUUUGCAGACGAGACUAAAAUCUCGAAAGAAGAGCUUGAAGAGCGACUGGCCACUCUCAAGGUCAACGUCAGGCCAGAAUUCAUCGAAGCGCUCCGUCGAGGGAUAGGGAUUCACCACGCAGGUCUGAAUCGGAAAUUGCGCCAAUCUGUUGAAAUCCUUUUUCGUAAAGGCUACUUGGCAGUUGUGAUAGCAACCGGCACUAUAGCUCUUGGUAUCAACAUGCCUUGCAAGACAACUGUGUUUGCGGGCGACUCGGUGUUUCUGAGCGCACUUAAUUACCGACAAGCUUCAGGUCGAUCUGGUCGAAGAGGAUUUGACGUGCUUGGGAACGUCGUCUUCCACGGCAUUUCAGCCAGACGCGCCAACAACAUCAUGUCAGGGAGAUUGCCGGAUCUCUUGGGACAAUUUCCGACAAGUGUCAGUCUCGUGCUGCGAUUAUUUGGACUCCUGCACGGUACGAACAACUCGGAAUACGCUACCAAUGCAGUCAAGUCUUUACUGACCCAAACUCGAUUGUUCCUUGGAGGACCAUCGGCACAAAUGUCUAUAGAGCAUCAUCUACGAUUCUCUAUCGAGUAUCUACGAAGGCAGCAGCUACUGUCAAAAGACGGAAUACCCCUUAACUUCUCGGGUCUUGUAGGACACCUUUACUUCACCGAGAACGCGGUCUUUGCUUUCCACUCGUUGCUGAAAGCCGGCUAUUUUCAUAACCUGUGCUCCUCAGUGACUGGAACCGUGCAGCCAGACAUCCUUCUCGAAAUCAUGCUUGGUCUCUGUCACCUGUUUUGUCGGAUCCCCUGCACCAGAUAUGCCGAUAAGUCAUGGCUAAGGACUGUGCUUCAUUCGCCAUCCGUUGUCAUUCUUCCCGACCUUCCUGCAACAGCUUCUCGUAUCCUGAAGGAACACAACGAGGAGACUUUGCACAUUUUUGAAGGCUACGUGAGUACUUACACGUCUCAGCAUUUGUCCAAUGCCCCGGACGUCGAGCUUCCAUUUUCCAAGUAUAAGGUAGAGCCAAAGAGUAACCCAGACACCGUGGAGAUCCUAUCUUCUCUUCCUCCGACUACAGUUCGGUCCCCCUUCUCCGCUUUAUCUGGAUUUACCGACAAAUUCAAGACCAUAGAUGAGCUCUGCGAAACGGUCCGAUCGGGUGUCUUCCUGGAGAACUCCGCCAUCCCAUACAUCCCCAUUGCACCACACGAGACUGGUGGAGUCCCCUGGAACGCACAUGUAUACGAUUUCUUCAAGCAUGGAGACAUGGAGGCGCUGAAGCGAUAUAACGGAAUUAGGAGCGGGGAUGUAUGGUACCAUCUCAAAGACAUGUCGCUCAUUCUCGCCACCAUCGUCACGAGCCUGUCUAACUUCAUCAAUCCCAGCGCUGAAAGUGAUGAUAAUGCUAUGAUUGACGUGCAAGAUGCCAGGGAUGCUUUUGAUGAGGCGGAAGAAGAGGCGGAGGCGGAGGAGAGGCAGGAGGUGGAGACUCCUAUCCACGAGUCCCCCAAGCCCCGCACUAAAGGGGCUGCGAAUUCGAAGAAGGGGAAAGGAAAAAAGGAGGAUAUUGCGGAGUCGUGGGAUGCUGAGUCUUCGGAUAGCGAUUCUGGCACGACCGAAUCUCAAAGUACUGCUAGCCCGAGAACCACGAGGCAGCAGUCGACAAGGGCGAGCGUGAGCUACACCCCGUCCACGGAUUCGAGAUGGUUGCAAGAUAAUGGCGGGUCGUUAGAGAAAGUAUAUAAGGCUUUCUCGGCGUUGCGUGAACAGUUCGAUGAGAAGUUCAUCAAGGCUGGAGCUUAGAUUGUGGGUGGGUGAGUCGCGAGAUGAAAUUGCAAGUAUGGUAAUUACUCAGGUUAGUUGCUUGUAUCCUUACUAGGUACGUAGAUACCUAGUGUCAGGGGAUUGUCUUUCCCUUAUUUUCCAAAAGUGCGGUGCCGAACUUCACUCAGCAUCUCCUAUGAAGAGAUCAGGUACACUAG